GUUUGGUUAUCUGUUUUUUUUUUUUUUUUUUUUUUGGGGGGGGAUUUGCAAAACCUAUUUCAUGCAUGUCCUGUGGGGGCAGGUUCAAUUUUGACGAUGGGGGGUCAUACUGCGGAGGCUGGGAGGAUGGCAAGGCUCACGGCCACGGGAUCUGCACUGGCCCUAAGGGACAGGGCGAGUAUUCAGGGUCCUGGAGUCACGGCUUUGAGGUGGUGGGGGUCUACACAUGGCCAAGCGGCAACACAUUCCAAGGGACUUGGGCACAGGGCAAGAGGCAUGGCAUCGGGGUGGAGAGCAAAGGGAAGUGGGUAUAUAAAGGCGAAUGGACUCAUGGAUUUAAGGGACGCUAUGGGGUACGUGAAAGCACAGGCAAUGGGGCCAAAUAUGAAGGCACCUGGAACAACGGGCUACAAGACGGCUACGGGACUGAGACCUACUCUGACGGAGGUACCUAUCAGGGUCAGUGGGUGGGAGGAAUGCGGCAUGGAUAUGGUGUCCGGCAGAGCGUCCCGUAUGGAAUCGCAGCCAUCAUCCGCUCUCCGCUCCGAACCUCUAUAAACUCCCUGCGCAGUGAGCACAGCAAUGGCACGGCGCUGCACCCGGAUGCUGUGGGGGGAGCAGGGGGGGCGGCGGCAGGCAGCCCAGCCGUCUCCAGGGGAGGCUUUGUCCUCACCAUGCACAGCGACGCAGAGCUACUCAAAAAUAAGAAGAAGGGUCUAUUCCGGCGGUCGAUACUGAGCGGGCUGAAGCUGCGCAAGUCUGAGUCCAAGAGCUCACUGGCCAGCCAGAGAAGCAAGCAGAGCUCCUUCCGCAGCGAGGCCGGUAUGAGUACCGUCAGCUCAGCCGCCAGCGAUAUCAACUCCACCAUCAGUCUAGGGGAGGGCGAUGCUGAUCUCUCCAUCAUUGAAGAUGAUAUUGACGCCACCACCACUGAGACCUACAUAGGGGAGUGGAAGAACGACAAGAGGUCAGGCUUCGGGCUCAGUCAGCGCUCAGAUGGGCUCAAGUACGAGGGGGAGUGGGUCAGCAACAAACGCCACGGCUACGGCUGCACCACGUUCCCCGACGGCACUAAGGAGGAAGGGAAGUACAAGCAAAACAUCCUGGUGAGCGGCAAGCGGAAGAACCUCAUCCCACUGCGGGCGAGCAAGAUCCGGGAGAAGGUGGACCGCGCCGUGGAGGCUGCCGAGAGGUCAUCGAAUGACGGCAAGCAGAAAGCGGAAAUCGCUCUAUCCAGGACGUCUCAUGCGCGGGGGAAGGCGGAGGCAGCAGUGGCCGCUGCUCAUAAAGCCCAGGAGGAAGCACGGCUCGCCAGGAUCACUGCCAAAGAAUUCUCCCCUUCUUUCCAGCACCGGGGAAACGGGCUGGAGUGCCAAAGGCCAAAGCAUCAGAACUCGAGUGAUAAUGACAUCGAAGCGAUCUCCACGGAGACCCCUGAUAGCCCUGAGGUGCACAUGAAGGGGACGACCUCCCCUGAUCUCACCCCUGACCAGAGCCCCUCAACCAGCCGGCCCGCCACCCCUCCCUCCGCCAGCCCCUCCAAGCCCACUCACCGCACCAAGAACGCCAGAUUCCUGCGGCAGACUGCCGUGGAUGAUGACCGGGGUGCGGGGGAAAUCCAGGUGCUCAUGGAAGGGAGGGGAGGUGCAGGGGAGUACAUGCGACCCAACAGCCGAAGUGAGGAGAAGUGGCUGACAGCAGUGGGACCCAGCAGUAGAAGCGGCAGUCGAGGGAGCAGCAGAUCCAAUGCCUCUUCCGUUCGGGAAGACACAAGGGCUCGAUGCAGUAAUGGCCACAAGAAAGCAUCGUCCAACCACAAGACCCGGGAGAGAUGGUCUGACUGCCCCAGCACCGUCUCCUGGGUGACACACCGCUCCCACAGCGAAAUCCUGGCCAACUCCCAGCUGCUGGAGCAGGACGAGGAGAAACUCAGCAACUACGAGAUGGAGAUGAAGCCCCUGAAAAGAAUGGAUUCCUAUAUGCAAGAAACACAUUCUCAAAAACACCACGCAGCCGCCUCUGCAUCCGGCACCGCCCAUGGCUCUCCCAGCCCUGCCAAGGACAACCACUCGGAGCCCAGGGCCUUCGGGGUUCAAAGAACGAGAGGCAAAUGCCAGCCCAAGGUGAGCGUGCGGCCCGUCGUACCCCCCACGGUGCAGAAGCUGGACAGCUGUCUCCGGCUAGGGGACAAACUCGAGUCCCGGCCCCUCAGGAGGGAUUUGACCCUUUCCCCUCCACAGAAAUCUUUACCCAUUGCACUAGAGCACGACGAGGAGAAUUUAAGUGAACUCAAAUCAAACUCGGGCUCCAGUUCUAUCCUGGUUGUUAUGGUGAUCUUGCUAAACAUUGGAGUCGCCAUUUUGUUUAUUCAUUUUUUUAUUUAAUGUAAUGCCUAUUAUUACUGUUAUUAUUCUGGUCACUAUGGUUAUUGCCCUGUUUAAAAAAAAAAGGAGAUGAAACAAACAAAAAAACAAACAAACAAAUCUCCAACUAACAGAAAACAUCCGAACCUGGGAAUGAAUUCUAAACAGCCUCUUGUUUGUUUUUUUGUUCUUUAAAUCUAAAGAACUUGGUCAAGUGGUUCACUUUUUGGUGGUUCACUUUUUUUGCCUUUUUUUUUGUUUGUUUCUCGCUUUAAAAGUUUUUUUUUUCUGGAAAGUAACAUUAAAUAAAAAAAAAAUUACUGGCUUGUACUACAGCAUAGCGCUCUGUGGCAUGGAGGCACAAUACAGAUGCCCGUCCCCUUCCCCAGCUACUUCAGAGAAGCAUUGCUACCGUGUCUGGAAACAACAGAACAACAUGGUUGCAGCCUGCAAUGGUAUAAAGAGCUCAGAAGAUCCAAAUUAUCAUUUUCAAUGGGCCGUUCCUAGGUUUUCUGUUUUGGCAGCUGUUUAGAGCCAGUUGGUAUCAGUUUACAUUGAACUUAUAAUGAACUCUUAUUUACAACAUUUAAAAAGGGCUUACUCAUCUGGUAUAGCUUCGGUGAAACAUUUCCCGACAAGAAUAUUCUUUGGGCCUGUGGAGUUGAAAAAAAAGUCCAGAGUGGUCCUUACUUGUUCCAAUAAAUGUGGGGUGGGGCUGUUGGAUUUAACAGCAUAAAAAAGGCCUGUUAUAUGCAUGUGGAAGGAAUUACCAUUGCAGAGCAAUUUGAGCCUUUCCAGGUUUUACGGUGUCUAAUUAGUACCUCUUGAGCUUAGACAAGAGGAGAGGUAUACUUAAUUAGACCUGAUUAAAAAGAAAGAACUGGAACUGCUAUGCAAUUGUAGUUGUUGAUUAUAUCCAUGCCCUGUUCAUUUAUUGCCAGGGAAGAAGCAAACAUUGUCAUGGCAGUCUGUGAUUUGAUGACAUCAUCAAGGGCAGACAUUUUUACAAUUGUCUGAACAGUUAUGGUACCCCCAUUUGUAUUACAGUUAAUCUCUUGUCCUAUUGAAUCUUACUAUGAAAAAAUGUUUCAUUAAGACUACAUUUCAGACAUCAAAGUCUAAUGAAUUUGGACGUGAAACUAUAACUAAACUAAUAUGUAUACCAUUUGAAAGAAGACACAGUUCGUUUUCAGCCACUGCUUAGAAAACCUUACUUUAUUUAAAGGAAGUUACUUUACAUCCACUGCAAGGCUUUUUAAACAGCCACCUGCCUUGUUUUUUUAACUAAAGACAAACUGCAUGCUCACGUGUAUAUACGUAUGUUUGAAAAAAAAAGUUUAUCAAUCUGUUUUUGAGUUUUUAAAGCAGUUGAGGUUGUAAAACUGUGUGUCGUUUCAAACGAUAAACAUUAUAGAGGGGCUGCAUAAAAGUUAAAAUAAUAUUCCAGAUAAGAGUUUCCCUUUCUGAGUUGUAAAUACAGGGGAGAAGGCUGUGUGCUGCUUGAUCAGUGAGGGUAUGUGUGUGCUUGUCAGGCAAGUUGCAAAUCAGAAAAGGGGCACUGGCUCUACAACAAGAUUGCCACCACGUUAAAAAAAAAAGCAUGUGUUUUAGGAUACUAUAUCCCCUUUCUCAUAUUGAUCUAUCUUUCUGUCUAUCUAUCAAACUGUCUUAUCUACCUUCCUACAUACAAAGGCUGGACAACAAUAUAGGAACACCUGUGUACCGUUGCACACAUUUUUGCGUAAAUCGGAUUUAUUUUUCAAAUUGCACCCCAAGUCUAUUCUGUAAUGUAUAAAAGCUGCAUCUCUCUGGUGAAAUGUUUCAAGAUCUUUCAUAGGGUGCUAAUAGUAAACGCUUGGUUAGCAGAUGCUUUCGUAUCCCCAAUUUUUUAUUAUUAUUGUUAUUAUUAUUAUUAUUUUGUUACAAAGAUACCCAGAAGGAAUAACGAUUGAGGAAUGGUUACACAUCCCCUAAGAAUUAAGUUAAACAUCUUACAGAGUCGCUAAGUCAAGUUAGUGCCAUCCUGGUUGUCCAUCCUAUUAACAAUGUUAUGGCGGGUGUUUCCAAUUUUUUGUCCAGCUCCUGGAUCUCACUGUCUGGUAUAGCUUUAUACCAUCUCCCCUCAGUUACUCAUCAUCUUGCUUUAUAUAACAGCAUGCCAACGCAUGCAUUUGUUUUGCCAAUCAAAUCUGAUUUCUGUGAAAGAAAAAAAACAACAAAAGAAAAAAAAAACAUUGACUAUAAUCUUUAUGUUACAUGCUCAUUCCAGACAUGCCUUUUAUCAACAGAGGAGACCUGGUGUAUAAAUGGCCUGGAGGGUGAGAUGUUUGCUAGUGUGAUUUUUGUUAUUAGACCUAUUCAGAUUUGUUUAUGAAAUGAUGGAAAACUUCUUUCUUUUCUUUUUUUAAACAUAAAAAUCAAUAAAUGGGAGAACCAUUUUAAUUCCAUUUUUAUGUUCUUCUAAAUCCUUGUGGCCUCAUGUAGGCUGUAAAUAGAAUACCACGAGUUAAACAGUACCAGGUCUAUUCCUCAACCAAUGAAUGAUGUCUAAAAAAUGUAGGGAAUACACAUUUUGCUUUAAAAAAAAAAAAUCACAUAGUGAGAAGACCAAAAUGAAACACUAUUAUAUAAUUCAGGGGUGUCACAGUAUGGCAUUGUUUGCAAUCUGAAGUGCAGGUGCUGCAUUAUAGAAGCAUCUGUAUGCAAGAAGAUCUUAGCAGGGCCUGUCUGGGUGUGUCAGCAUGGCAACAUCGAUUCAAGAUUCUGAACUGGCACUACUGCUCGUAGGGGGAGGGGCCUGGGCGGUGUGACUGCCCCCCCCCCCCCUCCCCUCAGGUAGAUGUAUUAUUGAAUGAGUGCGCCUGGCGCCGAAAUGAGAAACGGAAAAGAAAGCUGUCUGUUCAGGCACAUGGCAGCUGUUCUCCCCUGACCCGGCCACUGCCUGACAACACUGCCUCUGAGGAGGAGGAGCAAGGGAGUUAAGGAGUCUUUCAGGACAGUCAAUAAAACAUAUGUACAGUAUAAAAUCACUGCCCCCAGCUAGAUACAGUGCCUAUAGAAAGUCUACACCCCUUUCAAA